AUGAAAAAAAGAGGGGGUAACCCUAGACCUAAAUGGCAGAUUACUGCAUUCCGAAAUGUGGUCAAUGAGUGUGAGUUGAAGGACUUGGGAAUUAGGGGGCAGAAAUUUACUUGGAGUAAUCGUAGGAAUGCAGUGCACUAUGUUCAUGAAAGACUAGAUAGGGCUUUUGCAAAUUUACAAUGGUGGUCUAGAUUUCCUUUUGCCUCUGUUGUACAUGGAUUAGUGGCAUACUCUGAUCAUAUCCCUCUCUGGGUUAAAACUAAUGGUGAGGAGGUCCCUGUGAAGCUCAAAAAACUUUUUAAAUUUGAGUCAAUGUGGGUAGGGGAGAAAGCCUAUGAGGAUAUUAUCACGUCCACUUGGAGGAGGGAUGGGGUUGGUUGUAGUAUGGCUAAGGUAAUGGGUUUGAUAAAGGAGAGUGGUGAUUAG